GGGGAAUGAGCUGCGGCGGCCGAAGGCGAACUCCUCGCCCGAGCUGGGGCCGCCGGCUGCCUGCGGCUGCCGGGGAGUUCGGCCCCGCCGCCGGGCGGCGGCCACGAAGGACACCGGGAGCGCGGAGAAGGCGGCGCGGGGCCGCGGCGGGGGCGGAACGCGCCGCGCGGGGCCGCGUUUGCGCGGGGAAGCAGUGCGCGGCGGCACCGGGCCGGCGGCGGAGGGGGCGGGCCGCCAUGGCGGUGGACAUCACCCUGCUCUUCAAGGCCAGCGUGAAGACGGUGAAGACCCGCAACAAGGCGCUGGGAGUGGCGGCGGGGGACAGCGCCAGGGACGAGCUGCUCAAGCGGAGCGCCGCCCGCGCCAAGAGCGACUUCACCGGCCGGGCCCGGGAGGUGAUUUCUCAUAUUGGAAAGCUGAAAGAUUUUCUUCUGCAACACAGAAAGGAUUACAUUAAUGCUUACAGCCAUAUUAUGUCUGAGUAUGUGAGGAUGACAGAUACAGAACGUGAUCAGAUAGAUCAAGAUGCUCAGAUAUUUAUGAGGACGUGUGCCGAUGCCAUUCAUCAGCUGAGAACAGAAGCACACAAGGGUGUCCAGUCUGCUCAGGUAAAGGAGCACAGAACAGCUGUCUUGGACUUCAUUGAAGAUUACUUAAAAAGAGUGUGUAAGCUGUAUUCUGAACAAAGAGCCAUCCGAGUUAAACGAGUGAUAGAUAAGAAGAGACUGUCUAGACUCGAACCUGAGCAGAGCAACGUGUCCAAAUCACCUCUUUCCCCUGAAAAAUCUUCGCAGAAUCCUUUAGAUGAUUCUGAAGAAAAACUUUCUGCUGAGGAAAGCAAAGACAGGAAUCUGCCUGAUGCCCAGAGUAACCUUGGAUUGUGGGGGGAUGGCAAAGGUGAGGAUGAGUUGUCACCUGAAGAAAUACAAAUGUUCGAACAGGAGAACCAGAGACUUGUUGGUGAAAUGAACAACCUCUUUGAUGAAGUCAGACAAAUUGAAGGAAAAGUGGUGGAAAUCUCCAGAUUGCAAGAGAUAUUCACUGAGAAAGUCUUGCAACAGGAAACCGAUAUUGACAAUAUCCAUCAAUUAGUUGUGGGUGCAACAGAGAACAUCAAAGAAGGCAACGAAGACAUAAGAGAGGCCAUCAAAAACAAUGCUGGAUUUAGAGUAUGGAUCCUGUUCUUCCUUGUGAUGUGUUCAUUUUCCUUGCUUUUCCUGGACUGGUAUGAUAAUUAAAAAUAUAAUAAUGCUUUGUUUGUAAAACUUUUGACAUUUUUUGCAAUGGAGUGGGAUAUGUGGCAUACCUGUAUCUUUAUGCAUUUUUUUCAUACCGCUAUGAUGGAAAUAUCUUCCAGUAAAUAGGCAUGUGUAUAUAUCCUCCAGUGCAGAGGCAGCUGAUGGCAUUCAUUUUAAAUCCCUCUGUCCAACAUAAAACCACACUUAAUCCUGCAAAGACCGUGGAAACCCUUGAAAGAGCUGUUAGGAAAGCCACAAGCGGGAGGGAUAGCUAUCACGGUCACCCACCCACCCGUGAUGCUUAACGUCCAGCGCGCAGACCAGGCCAAAGCUGUUACUGCACAGAAGCAUCUACACUGUCUCAGGCUUUUAUUUGAUUAUACUACUUGGGUACACGGUGAUCAGUUUGUGCAUGUAUGACCACUACUUCUAAUCCUUCGAAACUGCUCGAGUCAGAGAUCAGGUUGAUUUAAUAAUAAUGACAAUGAUAAAAAGUCAACUGAGGAGCUUUACUUCUGGGUGAAAAGAGAGACUACAACACAGCCUGACUGUGCAGUGAAACAGAUGUUCUGGGAUGUCGGAACAAAGCAAAAGGACAGAUGAUAUUAAAGCCAAACUCUUCAAUGUACUGACAGUGGGAGCAAUUUGUUAGCUAAAAAGAUAGUCUCCAAAGCAACUGUAAAUAAGGAUCAAUAAACUGCCUCAUGUUAAAGCAGAGAAAAAAAUGGGUUUGACUUCAGGAAGCACGAGCAAUCUGUUUCUCCUAGACCAUAAAGUUUAAUAUUUCUUAAUGUUUAUUGUUAUGAGAGAGAGAGAGAGAGAGAAAUAACUCGUUUCUCAUCAGCAUUUACUUGUGCAUUGAAAGUUUUUAUUGUCCUAACUUUGAGGGGAGGAGAUGCAUCAUAAAUCAUUUCCAUGUAUGAUAGGCUUGGGGAACAGAUUUUUUUCCAUCUUGUAAAAUCUGAAUGUCCUCUGUAAAUAUAUUGAUAUGAGAUGUGUGUCUUGCUAUGUGUCUUCUGAAGUGUACAUUUCUAUACGCUGUAUGCAACAAGCAGCACCAUCCUUAUUUACUCUGCAGAGUGAAAAUGUCAAAAGUUACAUGUGAAUUAUCACACUCAAUAAAGCGUACACCUGUUAGAGGAUGCAAAUGUGGUAUGUUUUGAGUAUCUUAACAUAAGCUUGACAUUUUUAAAUGCAAAGAAAAAUUUGGCACAUAAUUUAUUGCUUUUUAUGCAUUCCACGUACCAUAAUGACUUAAUAAAAAGCCUUUUACAGAUAUUACUGUGUAAUGCACAUUUCAUAUCCAGCCAAGAGAAUGAAGCAGUAAUGGUUAUUUUUGCUGUACUGUUGAUAAAGCAAGUCCACUGGAGGAAAAAAUAAAAGUAGAGCUAACCCUGUUUGUUCUACUGCAGAUCUUGAGAAAUAGCCCAUACUGACUGGUUUCCCUUCAUUUUUGUAUUUUUUCUAUUAAAAAAAAAAGAGGAACUUUUGACAUGUCCACUCCAACCUGUCCCAUUCAAGUUAACAUGAAUCAAAAAGGUGACUUGCUUGCCCAGCUGCUUAACACGCUUAUUUUGUCUGUUAAAUUAAUAAGGUGUCUUUUUGUAAUCUGUAUUUAAAAUUUAUAAUAAAAAUGAAAACAUGGUUUCACACAAAGAAUAGAUAAGUUUGUAAUUACAAUGGAACUUUAACGUGCAUCUACAACACUCUGUUCUUCUACAUCUUUUCCCCUCCCAAGCCAUACAUGAACAGUUCUACUCUUCACUCAGAUUCACUUGUAGCUUUAAAACAGCCAGUUGUGUCAUCCAAUACACUGUUGUUUCAUGUGUGAUGCUGUGUUUUAAAAAGUACCAAGCUGCAAACUAUAUAUAAACUGAAAGUUAAUUAAUAAAAGGGGAAAAUAUUAAUGUCAUAAAAGAGAAAAUUUAGACAUCUUACUCCCUCUGUUGUAUCCAACAAAUUACAUAGUCCACUACAUCUACUGUGAAUAGGCUUUUUGCCUCUUAAGUAUCAUCAAAAGAUGCUGUUUCUCAUUGAAAUAUCCUGAACUGUGUAUUUUUCACACCACCCUCAACAUCCAUCACUAGACCUGUCUGUGUUUUCCAUAAUGCCUAUCUAGUUUGUGUUUCAGUGCUGUCCUUACCGAGAUGCUAAAGCCACAGUGGAAAUGCAGUUAAAUCCCGUUGACAGCAAUAAUAAAACAUUGAGCAUGCCUUGUU